GUUUACAGAGGAGACUGUUACUGAUUUUGAAUGCAGACUUGCUGAAGUGAUUGAACUCUAUCAGCACCGAAUUCAGUGGCUGUUGCAGGACAGCAGAAAGGUAACUUGGACUUUGCAGUAUAUUUUUGAAUGAAAUGCUAUAUUGCAUUAAAGACUAAAUUAACUUUUGAACACUAGUGAAAAGUAUAUUCCAGAAAGCCUUUGUAUUUUCAUUAUUUACCACAAGUUCCAUAUCAUAUGCAGUGAUGUUGACAGUGUAUUGUUUUUUCUGACCUCUUAUUGGGAUGCAGUUUUCUGCUUUCUAGAUUUAGUCUUUUCCUUUCUCUUUGUAGUCUUAGUCAUCAGGUCCUCUCAGCACAAUUUAAAUGGGAGCAGAUAAUGCUGAGCUUAACCUCUUCCUGGAGUGGAGCUGUCUUGUAGUUCAUCAUGCCCACUCUUGCACAGCUGCUUUGUCACACUGUGCCUGGCAGUGCUAAUGCUCAGGAUGUAACUCCUUGAAGGGAAUGGGGAAAGCAGCAUUCCAAAAUCUGAUUUCCACAAAGUUGCUUGAUUUCGCCUGAAGGGGACAGUUAUUUUUUAUUUAUCCUCUUAAUCAAGGAAUAAGCUGUCUUGGGAAGAAGGUAAUAUGAUUCACUGGUAAGGAUUAACUGGGAGCCAGUAGGACUCUCUUUUUUUCUUCUUCUUUUCCUCCUUGACCUGGUCACCAUGUCAUCUUUAUGCUAAAACAUUUAAAAUUAAAAUAAAUACCUUAUACUUGGUUUUAAAAUGGUAUUGUACAGAAUAAACAGUAAAAUUAUUAAACUGUAGAUAGCUAAUAUUUACAGUGAUUUUUCUAAGGUGUUUGGUGUUAUAAAAGGAAGUAAAGUUGGACUUUUGGUUGAUGUGUCUCAUUUGAGUUAUGGACCUAGACUAUUGGAUUUUCAGAAGAACCUUUUGGCUACAUGAAGCAAGACAGUGGAUACAAGAGCUGGAGCCUGGUCGAGGAUGCAAUUUGCUGAAAGCCUUAAGGCAUGUCCUUCCAAUGAAAGAACUGAAUUCCUUGGUUCUUAUUGUAGGAAGCUGCCCUGAUCAGUCUUUUGAAAUACUAUGUGAUUAUGCUCAGCAGUGUACACUGGGGAGAAAAGUGCAGAUUCACAUUGUUACAUAUGAUUGCAACCCUGCUUCUCUUGCAGUUCUAAAGAACCUUGCAGAAGCUGUAAGAGGCCGUUACCAUUGCUACUCUUCCAAGGGAGAGAAUUUUGAUAGCAGUGAUUUUCAUCUGCUGCUUCAAGAAUCCCAGAAGGCUAAGGACCUACUCAAGAGCAUCAAACAGGCUUUUCAAAGAAGAGUUGGUGGCUUGCUUGGUAGUAAAAAAGCAGAUGUUUCCACAGAAUUUGCAAAUACAGCACCUUCCAGCUUCUUCCCAAAGCCUCCAAAUGAUAAAGGACCAUUAGUUAUUCAAACACCAGGUAUCCUGGCCAAAACCUCAGCAGACUGGUUAAAGACAUAUGGACUGAAAGCUAAAAAAUUAGACCUUUAUCAAGUUCUGGCUCCCAAUGCUUUCUCUCCUGUGGAAAAUUUUAUACCUGUUCUUAAAAAAACAGUAUCAUCAACUCUACAUGAGAAAGUGAUGAUACAGUUUGAGUGGUAUGAUGGAACUGUAAAAAAUAUCCAUGUUGACCUUCCAGUAUUGUACAGCUAUCAGAAAAUCCUUGCUAAAAUGGUAAGAAUCUAUGAGAAACGAAUUGACUGGCUAUCUGGUGCUAGCAGAAGAAUAUGGGGAAGUGUUUGUGAAAGAAGGGUGGUUAUACUUGUUGAUAUAUCAGCAACAAACUCUACCUAUAUCACUCUUAUCCAACAAUCUUUGCGACUUUUACUUGAGGAACAAAUGUCAAAUAAGGAUUACUUCAAUAUUAUAGCAUUUGGGAGUGAUAUUGUGCCUUGGCAACAGGAACUGUGUCCUUCCCAACCAGAAAACUUAGAAAAGGCUUGGAGGUGGGUGUUGAGUUUGGAGUGCAAGGGCAGUAGGAAUUUCAUGAGUGCACUCAGAAGAGCUGUGGAAGUUGACUUCAAAGACAAAGAUAAACACAAAUCACAGGGGCUCUACCUGCUGACUACUGGAAUACCUGAUCAGGAAACACACACAAUCAGUGCUUAUGUGGCUGAGGCUUGUGGAGGUUUUGAUUUCCAGCUCCAUGUCUGCCUGUUCAGUGUAGCAAAGGGCACUGACUCCAGUGGGAUUAUUCCAGCCCGCUACGCCAACCCAAGGGAAACUGCCUGUGCUUUUAAAGAAAUUGUUCAGGCAGCCAGUGGAAGGUUUCACUGGUUUGGAGAAGCAGGUAUUUUUGAAAGUGAUGAUAUUUCUAGUAUAAUAUCUGAAAUGGAAAAAGCAAAGAACUACUCCCAAAAGUGUGCAUUCCUAGUGGAGUCCUUAAAGCAACGCUCAGUAAAUCAGUCUGUGAAACCCAUCACACCAGAAGGAGACUCAAAUGUGUUUAUGAGGAGUGAGAAAAAAAAAACACAGAAGGUGCCAUCUCCUAAACCCACAGCUGUGCUUAAGGAUGUUAAAGACAACCAUGGUGCAGAGAGAAAUACUCCUGUAAGAGUACUAGCAUGGCGUCCUCCUAGCACCAAAGCAGGAAUUCCACCAGCACAAACAGUAAAAGAACAGCCUCAGACUGAGAAUAAAGGAAAGCACAAACCCAGGAAGCAGCCAGAGCUUUCUGUGUCUGUAUUUUACACUGAAGAAGGAAGAAAUGUGGGUACAAUAUAUCAGAAGUAUCCAAAGGCAGUGUGCAUAAGAAAAUCUGUUUGCUCUGUCACGUUGCCAGAGGAUGAGGAAAUCUGUUCAAGCAAAGAGUGGCUGACCAAGUACAGUAUUAAAAAGCUUAAACUGGAAUUGCCCAGACUGAUGUUUGGUCCAGGCUGUACCCACCAGAAGAAAACUGUGCAGUCUCUGCACAAGAAAGUAUCAGCAAAAUACUGUUCUAUCUUCCCCAGUGCAGAAAUCAAUGGGGUUGUGAAACAUCUGCAGUUUCACCCUAAAGAGCUGGAAACCUACACAGAACAACUGGAGAAGGUGCUGCAGCGCUAUAUCCAGAGAGUGCAGUGGCUUCUCUCAGGAAGCCGAAGAUUGUUUGGUACCAUUUUAGAAGCAAAUGUCUGUGUUUUGAUGGAUACAUCUGGUUCCAUGGGCCCAUAUUUGCCACAUGUCAUGAAAGAACUUACCUCCCUUAUCUGGGAACAGCUGAGAAAAAAUGAAGUCAGGUUUAACCUGCUGAGAUUUGCAGAAAAUACAGAGAGUUGGAAAGAACAUCUUGUAGAGGCAACUGAUGAAAGCUGCCAUGAUGCUGUGCAGUGGGCUUCCACAUGCCAUGCUUGUGGGAACUCCUGCAUCCUUGCAGCUUUACAGAAGGCUCUCAGUUUCCAAGGUGUAGAGGCACUGUAUCUAUUGACUGAUGGAAAACCAGACACCAGUUGCAGUCUGAUUUUGAAAGAAAUUGAAAGAUUGAUAAAGAAACAAGAUAUUAAAAUCCACACCAUUUGUUUUAGCUGUGCAGACAGAGGAGCUGUUGAAUUCCUGAAGAAGCUUGCUUCCCAAACAGGAGGGCGCUUCCAUUGCAGUUCUGGAGGUGAAGAUGGACAAUUAGCAGCACACAGAAUAUUGACAGAGGGGCUGGAUGAUGAAGAUAAUCCAGUUUUCCCUUACUUUGAAGGAGAUGAUUUAAAGAAACUUACUCAAGAAGUAGCAAAAGCUAGAAGUUUCUUAAAGCAGGCAAAAUCUUGGAGAUUAUUGCUUGAAAAAUGGAACACAAACCAAAAAGAUGACUCUGGCUUUCAAAAAAGUGUUCAGUGUGCUCACAUCUUCCAGCUUCAAGCAGAAAGAAAGAAGGUUUUUUUCUUUGUUGUCACAACUGUUGGCAAGACAAGAAGUUGCAGAUGCUAAGUGCUGCACUGACUUCACUUGAAGAUUUUGCAGGAUACAAAGUAAAUCAAGCCCUGAACCCUAUGAAGUUUAAAUAUAAGUGGAGGAUAGUUUUCAGUAUCAUUAAUACAAAUUGUAAAAGUGUAUGGAUCAGUAGUUACACAGGGUCACAACUUUUGUUUCUCUUUUAUUGCAUUGUAUCAAUAAUUUCUUCAGUUAGUUGCUGGUAUGUCUAAAUUGCCUUUUUUGUCUGUUGGUUUGAGAAUUCUUUACUGGUGCUUAUUAUCACUAGCAGAUGAGACAGAUGGCUGUGAUAUUAGGAGGAGAAUUCUUUAUGCCAGUUUUGCAUAGAAAGUCCAAGAAAUAACCUUAAUGGAGAAAACAAAGCUUGUAAUUCAUGUUUUUGCACAGAGAAGUUUUGCUAAUAAUUAUUUCAACUCUGGAUGAUGACUCAGAAAUUACCAUACAUGCAAGAAAGUAACACUCUCUUGCUGAUGUAGCCUGGUUGUGUUUGUAUAACUGGACACUGCCUGUCUUCUGAGCAGUUCUGUUCUUACAUAUUUCCUGUCUAGAAAGAUUAAAAAUAUGUUUGCUAGUAUCAGUAGAAAUAUACUUGGUUUUUACUGAUUUUUGUAAUGACAGCUCACUAGUAUUUGGAGAUGGUCACUGUUGUUUUUUAGAGGAUUAGAAAUUCAUCUCAGAUGUUUAAUAAAUGUAAUAUAAUAAAAAUGGAUUCAUAAUUAAAAAUUAA